AUGGCUCCUCCAGCUUCCCGCAAGCACCACCCCCGCUCCCGGCCUCUCCCUCGCCGCGUGCCGGUCUUGUUGGUCCUCGCACUGGCGGCGGCCGCCGCCACGGUGGCGAGCGCGCAGCUGUCGUCGGAGGACUACUACGACGCGUCCUGCCCCGCCGCCCUCCUCACCAUCAGGUCCGCCGUGGCGACGGCGGUACUGCUCGACCGCCGCAUGGGGGCCUCCCUCCUCCGGCUCCACUUCCACGACUGCUUCGUGCAGGGUUGUGACGCGUCGGUGCUGCUGGACGACACGGCGGGCUUCACCGGCGAGAAGGGAGCGGGGCCGAACGCGGGGUCGCUGCGCGGCUUCGACGUCAUCGACAACAUCAAGAUGCUGCUGGAGUUGAUGUGCCCGCAGACCGUCUCCUGCGCCGACAUCCUCGCCGUCGCCGCCCGCGACUCCGUCGAACAGCUGGGAGGCCCAUCCUGGACGGUUCCCCUGGGCAGGCGGGACGCGACCACGGCGAGCGCGUCCCUGGCCAACAGCGACCUCCCUGGCCCCACCGCCAACCUCAACGGCCUCCUCAACGCUUUCGCCAACAAGGGGCUCAGCACCACCGACAUGGUCGCCCUCUCAGGAGCCCACACCGUCGGCCGGGCGCAGUGCAAGAACUGCCGGGCCCGGAUCUACAACGACACCGACCUCGACGCCGCCUUCGCGGCGUCGCUGCGGGGCAGCUGCCCGGCGCGGGCGGGGGGCGCCGGCGACGGCGCGCUGGAGCCGCUCGACGGGUCGUCGCCGGACGACUUCGACAACGGCUACUUCGAGAACCUGCUCUCCCGGCGGGGGCUGCUGCACUCCGACCAGGCGCUCUUCGGCGGCGGCGCGACGGACGGUCUGGUCCGAGCGUACGCGUCCGACGCCGGCCGGUGGGGGAGCGACUUCGCGGCCGCGAUGGUCAAGAUGGCCAGCACCAGCCCGCUCACCGGCACGGACGGCGAGAUCAGGGUCAACUGCCGGAGAGUAAACAAUUAAUUAAGCAACUCGCGAUCGCAUUGAUUGCGGCUCGUGGGGUAUAUUUGAAAUGGAGUAUACGCUCGUAUGUAUAUCAUUUUUUUUAUUAAUUAGAAUUCAUAUAUACUACAUA